AGGUUUAGAGAUGUUUUUUAAAUGUUAACCUAAUUAUAGUAAUCUGGGUUUUUGUUUGUUAGUUUAGUUUUUAAUUAAUCAAAGUUGCUGUAAUUCUCUCUUUCUUCAUCAUGCCUCGAAACCAGCGAAUUUUUUUCAGUGGAGUUAUAUUUGUGGCUAUCAUCCUGCUCAGUUUUUACUACAUGGAUGAUGUUUUUCGGAGAAAAACGUCCUUUCAGUUUAUCAGAGCCACAAUUUAUAACAGUGAACGAGAAAACCGAAAUCACCUCGAUCCGAAAGGCACAAGUUGUAACAAUAAACCAGGGAUCCAAGAUUACCCCAAGCCAAAUAUAGGGCCGUUUCCUAUUGAAAAUUCUCAGUCAUGUACCUGCAAAAACACUGACCCACCAGACAUGGCACAAGAUGAAUUGGAAGUUCUUAAAAAACAUCGAGCAGAAGAAUACAGACAACACUUGAUCAGAACUGGUAAAGAAAAUGAUGUUCUUGUUCUUGCCCCUCCCAACACUCCGCUUCAGUAUCCCAUCAAAGGUUGCAGAGUCAUUCCCUUACAUCAAUCAUUCAUACCUGGUCUAGCUCUGCACACACAACACCGAACAAUUUACAAGGUGUCACUUAGGGUACAGAAGGGUCUGCUCUCAAUAAAUGAUGUUAAGGAGGAUGAGCUUGUUUUGGGGCAGAAUGAGGAACGUCUGACCAUCUCAUCCGACAACCUUGAAAAGCUUAAUAACCUGCUGAGCAGAGUGACCUACACCAGCACCAUCUACCACAUCAAAACUGAAGAUCUCGCUUACUUCUCUUUUGAGAACCAUGAGGUCAUAUUCCCCAUUGAGAUCAGACGUCUAUCAGUUCCUAUCCUUUACAACCCAGGAAAAGAUAUUAACUCUCAGGUGACUAUACUGGUUAAGACAUUUUUGAGAUACGCGGAACUAAAAGUUCUUAUUCAGAGUAUCCGUGUGAACUACCCAAACAUAAAGAUCAUUGUAGCAGAUGACAGUCAUGACCCACAGAAGGUUGUUGGUGAUAAUAUUGAGCAAUACUUCAUGCCUCCAGCACAGGGCUGGUUUGCUGGCCGAAAUCUGGCAGUGUCACAAGUCACAACUAAAUACUUCUUAUGGGUGGAUGAUGACUUUCUGUUCUUGAAUGAGACGCGUAUAGAGAGAUUUGUGGAGAUUAUGGAAGCUCUUCCUGAAUUAGAUGUGGUUGGGGGUUCAGUUCAUGGAAAUCAAUUUUCUUUUAGAUUGCACUAUGAAGAAGGAAACACAGAGGAGGGUGGCUGCAUCUCACGUGGUUCAGGUACUCACAAAGCACCCCUGCCGGGAUUUGAAGGGUGCUUCUUCACUGAUAUAGUCGUCAACUACUUUGUGGCCCGAACAGAUGCUGUCCGGAGAGUCGGAUUUGACCCGCUUCUCAGACGGGUGGCUCACCCUGAGUUCUUCAUUGAUGGACUAGGACACUUGUUAGUAGCCACCUGCAGAGAUCUCAAGGUGGGCCAUCAAGUACCGAAGAACACAGGCGAAUAUAACAGCUACAGGCAUCCCCCAAAACAUGAUGAAGAUAAUAAAAUGAGAAUCUAUUAUUUCAAGAAUCAUUUAAAAUGUAUCAAGUAGGGUCACAUAAAAUGGGACACUUUUUUGAUUACUCACCUAAAAACAAAUCAAAAUUAAGUAGCCAUAACAUCAAAUCAUGUUUCUCUUUCUUAUGUCAGGUCUCCUGUAUCACUCUAUAUAUUGUAUGUGUAAUAAAAUAUGUUUUUAUUCCACAGCAAUUUGUGCAGUUGUUGCUUUAAGGAGCUAUUUUUUACUUAUUUGGUUACAGUAAAAAGAAAUGUGCUGUUGUAACACAAUGUACUCAAGUAAAUGUACACUGUAACAUAAAUAAAGGAUUAUUGUUUUUACGAAGUCUAGUAGUGACAUUUAACUAAUUGACAGUUUUUGAAAGAGCUGAUUUUCAUGUUUAACCCACUAAAAUCUAUUAAAUUAACUUAAUCAUUUUGUGUUGGGAUUGUGUGUCGACUGGUUUAGUUGACAUUACUAACUAG